AUGAGCACCAGUGACGAGCUUAAUCCGCUCUUUGCACCCUUUUUGGGGCUUGCCGGCUGUGCCGCGUCCAUGGUGUUUUCAUGCGUGGGCGCCGCCGUGGGCUCGGCCAAAUCCGGCAUUGGUAUCUCCGGUAUCGGAACUUUCAAGCCAGAACUCAUCAUGAAGUCUUUGAUUCCCGUGGUGUUGUCGGGAAUUCUUUCCGUGUACGGCUUGGUGGUCUCGGUGUUGAUUGCCGGCGGGUUGAACCCGGCGGAAGACUACUCUCUAUUCAAAGGAAUCAUGCAUUUGGCAUGCGGGCUCUCGGUGGGGCUUGCCUGUAUGGCGUCUGGGUACGCCAUUGGCAUUGUGGGCGAUGAAGGCGUGAGGCAGUACAUGCACCAGCCGCGGUUGUUUGUGGGCAUAGUGUUGAUUUUGAUUUUCGCGGAGGUGUUGGGCUUGUACGGCUUGAUCAUAGCGUUGAUUUUGAACACCAAGGGCACGUAA